UAUAUAUAUAUAUAUGCUUUUCUUAUCGCACUGAAGUAUCAGGAACUAAAAAAUCGUUUGAGGCGAUUCGAAAUUUCAGCUUCUUCUCAUAAUCGCGAAAGGAGUACUUUUUAUCUUGUUUUUGCCUUCUAUGAACAUGAUCUCGCCGGGCUCUUGUCAAAUUCGUCUGUCAGACUUUCACUUGUCCAUAUUAAAACGCUUAUGAAGCAUCUGCUUGAAGGUCUUUACCAGAUCCAUUUUGCUAAAAUUUUGCAUCGUGAUAUGAAGGCUGCAAACGUUUUAAUUUCUAAAGAAGGUAUUUUGAAGUUAGCCGAUUUUGGUCUGGCGCGACCACUUUUCCCUCACCUGCCAGGUCUUCCUGCUUUAGGACAGCCUGAACAUUGUUACACGAACCGCGUUGUAACACUUUGGUACAGGCCACCAGAACUUCUGCUGGGUGAGAGGCACUACGGGCCUCAAAUCGAUAUGUGGGGUGCUGGUUGUAUAAUGGCGGAGCUUUGGACACGAGCUCCAAUACUUCAAGGAGAAAGUGAACAAAAACAAUUAAUGUUGAUAUCUAACUUAUGUGGGAGUAUAACGCCUGAAGUGUGGCAUGGAGUUGAGAACUUGCCUUUAUAUGGAAAAAUGGAUUUGCCACAGAAUUUGAAGAGGCGAGUAGUGGAACGACUAGAACCUUACGUUCGAAAGUAUUAUGUGCAGGACAAACUCGCUUUGAGUCUCAUCGACAACCUUCUCUCGUUAGAUCCUUCGCAGCGCAAAAGUGCAGAGUCAGCUCUUGACCACGAAUUCUUCUUUUCGCAACCGAAACCCGCGGCUGACGUCCGCGACCUAACAAGCAUGAUCUCGACAAAUUUAUUUGAGUACACAGCCGGUCGCGGGGCUCAUAGUGGUCGCGGACGUGGACCUGGCAACCACGGAGCUAGACAAAAUAGCCGAGCCGCAUUUGCUGCCCAAGGGCAGUACGUUGACAUGAUUUUCUGA